UUUAUGAUCUACUUUUAUAUUGUGUUUGCUCAGUGCCUGUGUUAUGUGUUGUGUUGGUAUGUAUGUGUGUAUGUGUGUAUGUAUGUAUGUACUGUAUGUAUGUAUGCAUGUGUGUAUGUAUGUUAUGUGUAUGCAUAUGUGUGUGAUGUGGAAUAUGUGUUUGCGCUCUUAGGGCCGUGAGUGCUUCCGUAAAACCUUCCAGAGAGCUGGCUAAGGAGCAGCUGGUUCUGUUGGGCUGGAAGGAGGAGCAGUGGAACGUUCUAGACAAUGUGUCUGUCAGGAACCUGCAGAAUGGCCUGGUGUCCUUUGAACUGACGGAGCACUUUGAGAGGUGCAUCUCACAGCAAGACCUCCAAAUGGCUAUUAGUAGUGUAGAACACAUGCAAAGACACUCACAGAAAGGUAGAUAGAUCAGUCAGAUAGAUUGAUUGAUAGAUAGCUAGAUAGGUAUUGAUAUUUAUAUCAAUUAUAAAGGUCCCUUCUUAAAAGAAACAAUGGGUUUGUCCCUCUUUCUCCCUCUCCUUGCAGGCUAAUGGUGUUCCGUCUGCAGUCCACAGUAAGACCCUCCUAUCUGGCUGCCAUGGUGGAGGAGAUCGAGGAUUCUGUGCGCCGUGUCAUGGUAACCAUUGUCCUCCGGCGUCAGAGGCAGGACCCUCACAGCGUGGUGGUGGCAGCCCUGCCCAGCAGAGACCUGAGCUGGGAACUGGCCAAACUCCAGGGACAGGCCUACUGCGGCCCACCCGAACCCUCUGGGGAGAUCGCCAUGAGCGAGGGAGACCAGCUGCGGCUGAGCUUCAGUGGGAACAUCACAGGUACGCGUGCAGAUGUCGUCAGGUCAGGUAGACAUACCGAACUGUGUCUCACACGUGGCACAAUGAAAUGAUGGUGUUUCAUAGUCUGUUCAAACCAGUUCAGGAUUCGGUAAUAUCUCUGAGGAAGGUUGCAGAUCUUUAUGCAGCAUCCCAGUCCAACUUUACACUGCUGCCUCUUGGUCCAAGAGCUGAAUGACCCUUAAUGGGGUGAGAUCUACUGACUUGGC